AAAUCUUCUUUACCGGCAAGCAGCCAGAGACACUGAAUUGUCAUGCCGUAGAAAACGUUCAAAACAAUCGUCAUCAACCAUGGCUGUCAUUUGGCCGAAACUCGCAUUUUUCUUUGGAAUUGUGUCCCUAUUUCAUGCAGGAUACUCAGCUGCGCAACAUCGAACGUAUAUGCGCGUUACAGAACAAGAAUUCAUCGCUUUGCCAACUGACAUUGGUGUGCAAGGUCUCUGGAGUCUUCUUCUGGCAAUGUAUGGAAUUCUUCAUAUUGCUGGAGAUUUCAAGGAAAUUAGAGCCAAUGUACAACUUCAAAACAAAUCUUGGGAAACUGUUGGCAACCGACCUACAUUUUACACCUUUGCUCAUCGAGGCCGCGCUCUCAGCCCAAACUAUGUGGCACCAAAGUCUAAAAGUGCCAUGGAUGGUGGGGAAAAUGUCUCAUCUUGAGUGAAUAAUUAACUUUGAUUUUAACAUUGUCUGAUUUUUGUACCUGCAUAGUUUUGACUCAUGGUAUUGAUAUCAAAGGCAUUUUCUAGAAAUGACUAUUAUUUUAUUGAAUGUUAUGUUCCAUGAUAAGGAUAAUUUUCAUACCUUUGCUGUAAAUUGAUGCAAUCAUCUUAAUUGAUUGAGCAUAGAUUGCUAGAUUAAAUGAGAUCCAACAUGAAAGUACCAAGUUGUUGUGUGUUAUGUUUGUGAAAUCUUGAUCGUUGAAGGAAUGUACGGUAAUGUAGAAUAGUUGAGCAGCAUUAUAUUUGCCUCGAAAAAUAUUGACAUCAAAAUAUCCUGUCAUGAUGGAGGCUUUGCAUUUAUUACAUGUUAUACCUCUGUUUAUUACCUAUAUUUUUUCUUUUUUUGAAAUAGGAUCAUUUGUUGUGUUUACUUAGCCACAGUAUUUCGUAUUUACUGUUGUCGUUGUAAUUCUUUUGAACAGUUUGCAAAUCUGAGUUGUUUAAGCACUGCAUUAAGUCCUACUAAAAACAACUGGAGGAACUGUUUCUGAUGUUAUGUCAAUAUCAGGAAAGACAACUUUUUGGAAAAAAAAGGAAUAUGACAAGAAUUUUGUAUGUACUUUAUUUUUUAAUUACAGUAUUACUUGAAAAUGUUUCAAGGCUUAACCCAAGAUUUGGUUGUCAGUGAAAAAUGUAAAGUAGUGAUGCUUUGCAGGGCACACUCAUUAAGGGGACAUUGAAGGUUUUGGCAAAUUCAUUAAAAUUUUUAGUACGGAAGUUGAAUGCGAUACAAAUACAGAGGUUUAAAAAGUUCUUGACAGUGUGCUGAAAACUUGCUUGAAAGUAUAUAACAUUGGUCCCAGUUGGUAAUAUUCUUGGGUUGAGGAUAAUGAUUAUUUUGGAAUUAAAUAUUGGAAAGUACACUGUACUUAAACAUUGUCACACACUGCAAACUUUACAAUUAAAAUGUGAAUCCCCUUUUUUGUUAUUUGUAAUUGUACUGUAUAUAGAUUGGUUUGAUCCUUGUAAUUAGAAGUAUGAACUCUGUUCUUUGUAAAUUAAUUAGAGCUUCUGCAUUUUUCUUUUAUGUAAAUGAUAAGAUUUUAUAGAUUGAAAUAAACCAUUUAAGAAAA